UCAACAUUUGAGACAACACAGAGAAAUUCGACGAGUGCCUGCAAAUAAAAGCCCAACCAAGUAACGUGAAAGAUAGAACCGCCUGAAAGAACCGCAACGUAGCCGUGAACCAGAUGCACUUGGCGCACACAGGAGAGCAAAGAGGUAAGGUGAACAUUAUUUAAAAUAUUAGAUAGCUUGUUAUGACUUGCUAUUAGGUGUGCGAGUUAGUACAUGAAAGGAAUUCAUUUUUUUAUGGUCUCCGCAUGUUGAUGGGAGGGAUAGUUAGAGUCAUUUGGCUGAGAAACUGCGGUGAAUUAGCCGCGAAUUAGCGUAAACGCUAAGUAGCCCAUAGCAGCGGCCGUAGCACCGGCCGCGGCAGCCAGACAUCAUUUCAAAGCCAUUUUCCCAGGUGUCGAUAGUUUGUCAAUUAUUUGACUGCGAAGGUGUAGUGAAUUAGCCGCGAAUUAGCGCGAACGUCGAAGUUAAAGUAAGCUAAGUAGCCUAGUUACAGCAUUAGCAACCCCACAUCAUUUCAAAGCCGUUUUUCUCAGCGAAGCUUUGCUACACAGGCAAGUAACUUUUAAAGCUUAAAUUAUGCUCUUUAGUUUUAUGGUUCCCAUUUGUCGAUAAUUUGUGAAUUAUUUGACGGCGAAGAUGCAGUGACUUAGCCGCGAAUUAGCGCGACCGUUGAAGUUAAAGUAAACAAAGUAGCUCAGUCAUUUGCAGCAUUCCACUUCUUUACAAUAACGCAGCUUGGUAUCUGCUCGUUUCUGGUGACAUUAUGAGACCCAGUUUUUGGAUGCUGUCCAUUGAAGGAGAGGCGGUGAUGAGACCACAGGAGGGUUUCAUCAAUGGGAUGGCCGCGGUUUUUGCAAGCUACUACCACUUAAAUCUGCAGUAUCCUGAGGAUAGCUCACGCACUUUCCUAACGUAUUCCCACACAGAGGGCUUCACUGUUACACUAAGGACUGGUGCCUGUGUUUGACAAGUGUUUCACCUCCUGUCAUCUGAAGGAAAAGUAAACUUGAAGCAGAGGAGAGGAUCUGUGUGGGGGAAGAGAAGACUCAGUGAGGAAAAGGAGACCAUUGCUGCCUCUGUACUGGAUUCACACAAAGAUAUUUUAUUUUGCCGAUCUUUCAGACGACAGCUUCAUGGGUGAAAAAUGAAUCUGCAUCUUCUGGGUGACUGUGAGCGUGUGAGCGAUUCUGCUGCCAUGGAGGGUGUUUCCCAGCAAAUCCAGUGAUCCCCCCAUACUGCUGCCUCUGCCUCCUGCUGAAUGUGGAAAGCCUAGGAUGGAAGACCCACCACGUGCUGCUCGGAACAAAACUCUCACCCUCCACAGCCUCAGUUGUCUUGUCUCCUCCGCGCACCCUGACACAAGUAGCUGCUUUGCCACCACCAUCGCCCAUCAGACAGGAACCACCGCCAAGGGGUGACAAGAUUCCAGGAUGUUUUUGAGGUUCCGCCGAAUACGAAGAUGCCCGUGUGUGCAGCUGAUGACCACCUGCCUGGUGCUGUCAGUGGUGAUGGUUUGCUGGGAGCAGCUGGACAACAGCGUCAUCAACCACGUCAAGUCCUACUCCUACCGCUACCUAGUCAACAGUUUCAUCUACAUCAACAAGAGCCUCACCAUCCCACGAGAGCAAGCAAGAAGCUUCAGCAACUUCCGCUACCUGCUUGACCACCCAGACAAGUGUGCCGGAAAGGACGUCCUCCUCCUCCUCUUUGUCAAAACGUCCCCAGAGAACACUGAGAGGCGGAAAGCCAUCAGAUCCACCUGGGGUAAUGAGACCUACAUCCAGAACACACUGGGAGUGACAGUCAAGGUGGUGUUCGCCUUAGGAGCACCUCAGACCAAGAAGGAGGGGCCUUUGGGGAGUAAGAGGGCCAGAGUGGGCUUCCAGGAGCAGCUCAUCCACGAGGACCGUCUCCAUGGUGAUUUGAUCCAACAAGACUUCUUAGACUCCUUCCACAACCUAACCCUGAAGUUGAUCAUGCAGUUCCACUGGAUGCACAGCCGCUGCGCACACGCUCGCUUCCUCAUGACCGCUGACGACGACAUCUUUGUCCACAUGCCCAACCUGGUGAGUUACCUGCAGGAUGAGAGCAGCAGAGGCGUCACUCACUUCUGGAUUGGUCGAGUGCACAGAGGGGCACCGCCCAUCCGCAGCAAAGACAGCAAGUACUAUGUACCGUUUGAUAUGUACCAGUGGAUGUCGUACCCUGACUACACAGCUGGGGCCGGGUAUGUCGUCUCCAGGGACGUAGCAGACAAAGUCUAUCAAGCCACGCUGACCCUGAACGCCUCUCUUUACAUAGAUGAUGUAUUCAUGGGCAUCUGCGCCAACGCCAUUGGUGUGACCCCCCAUGAGCACGUCUACUUCUCAGGGGAGGGCAAGGCACCUUACCACAUGUGUAUCUAUGACCAGAUGAUGACCUCACACGGUCAUGUGGAGGAUAUCUAUGACCUGUGGGAGGCAGCGACACACCCGCAGGUAAAACAGUGGACCUCUGGAGUCAUGGGCAGGCUGUACUGCACAGCUGUGAAAAUAGCUCUCCUUUGUAAACCUUAUUAUUUCAACACAUACCCCUGCAAAGCUGCCUUUUUGUAGUAUUUUUCAGGUUUGAGUGUGUGUCAGUGUUUGACAGAGAGAGAAAGAGUGUGUCAUUCUGUGAAUCACAGUGAAGCGAGUGAUCAUUGCUGCGAGUAUUACCUCAGUCCUUUCAAGCUGGACACCCAUGUCUGUCAAAAGACUGGAGCAUGUGGUCGGUGUUGCUAGAGGCAAAGAGAUCACAUGAUUUAUCUCUGUUGGUCACACUGUUAGUGUGAGAUCAUCAGCACAUCAAUGACCUAUAGUCAUCUUGGUGUAAAAAUGCAAUAAUGCUAGUUUUGAACCGGCAGCAGGAAACUGUUUAAAAAAUAGGUCCUAUAAAGAUGAUGUUCACCUGCUGUCUCAACCCAAAGCUCUAACCAAACCUUUCUGAACACAGGGCCUCCUCACUUACCUCUUUCAUUACCUUAAAAGAGAGAAAAAACACUUCUAAAAGCUUUCUUUAAACGACUGAUAGCCCCGUAAGGAGGUCUGUGUUUCUAAAAUGGUGACGCGAUGCAGAUGAAACACAUUUGGUUGGUCAUUAUAUGUGAGUCAACAUAAAAAAAAAACAGGCCAGUGAAGUGUCAGAUCUAAAAAUGUCUCUGUGUCAUGAAGUGCAAGAUUCCUCAUGGUGAAGUAGAAUAGACAUGUAACUUGAAAGACUUUUCCUGAGCGACGUGUGGGCUCAAAAUUGACAAUUUUGUUAUGAGAGGUUUCUCUUUUUUUUUUGGAAAUUACAUCUGUGAAAAAUGUUUUUUAAUGAAAUAAAAUCUACGCUCUGUUGUUAGUUUUUGAAUAUCGUCAAAGUACUUUAUUACUACUGCUAGUAGUAGUAGUAGUAGUAUUAAUAGUAAUAGUAAACAGUCAUGUCAGUCAGUUGGCCAGGAAACUUGAGCUCAGGAAGUAUCUAUGAGGAAAGACCGCAACAGUUGAAGAUUUCACUGGUGUCGCUGCACAACUCUUUGAACUGUUUUAUUUCAACUCUAAGGGAAACAGUGCGUCUCAAAACAAUGUCAUUCCUGCAGUCUGACCCAGACAUAUGAAGCACUUUGUGUUACAGUAACUGUCAAAUAAAUUCAAUUCUUUAAACAUUCUCAGAGAAUAGUCAAGCAUAUAGGCAACAAAAUGUUGUAGAACAUCAAAUUCUCCCACAGUUGAAGUGUUCAUUUUUGCACGAGGACGACACGUUUCCAUUCUGUUUGUUUCUACAAGUACACGUCUUAAUGUUGUUACACAGUGUGUGGUUUGAAUACAACCAUGUAUGGGAAAUAGCCCUGUGCAAAGGUAACAAAAUCAGCACCUCUAAAACUCUUUAUUUACCUUAAAGAUCUAAGUGCAAAACAGACAUGUUAUGGUUUUGUGCACUAUAAAAAACAAAAUUCAAAAGUGAAUAAGCGUAUUUCCCAAAAAUGUGAAGCUAUUCCUUUAAUUGGUAUGCCUUUCCGAACAAGGUACAAGUGGUUACUACAGAUCACAUUUCAAACUUUUGUUUUCAGUAUCUUCUGUAACUUUGUUUUACACCAGGUGAAAACAGAGAAAUAGAGACACAGAGCGAUAGAUACAACAUUGUCAUGACUGUCAGAAAAAUUGCUUUUCCAAAAUGUCUUUACAUUUCUAAACAGUCAAGCUAAAUAUGAUAUUUUGUGUAAAAGUUGUAAUUAAAAGUGCCUUUAAAAAAAAUAAAAAGUUAAAUAAGGCAUCACAUGAAUGUAAAACCAAUUUGAAUUUGAAAAAAGAAUCAUAGUGGAGAUGGAGAGCCACAUGCCUGUGGUUAGCACGGAAGUCCUGCACGCAGCUAACCACAGUGUGGUUAGCUGCGUGCAGGACCUACGUGCAGAAAAAAUGCUCUAAAACCAUUUGGUCGUAGAUUCCAAUUAUUGCUCAGCUUGGCUUUGCCCUUCCUUGCCAUAGCAACAGUUUGCUGAGCAGCAGAGGGGGUGUAGGUUUCUACACAAGGCCCAUUUAAGUGAAGGUGCAAACAUCUUGCCUGAAAAGCACUCCACAAUUUUUGACCCGAACACCUUUUUUUAAAGAACUGAACAGAACGGACUUUUGACUGAGCGUGUAUACAGCUCACUAUGAUUUCGUUUGAGCUGCUUUCCAUCUGACAUGUGAUACAUGCCAAAAAUAUCCCCGGCAUCGGGCAGAAAGUCAUCAGUGUCCUCAGAGUGUCUGGCACACUGCUAACAGUAAUAACUGAGGUUAGCCCUGUGUCACUGUUCAGCAGAAGUGAGAUCAAUAUCAUGAACCUCAACAGAAAAAAAAAAAUUAUUUUUUUGAUUAAAACAGGCCGUGGGAAAUACCAGUCCCCAGCUUAUCAGCUCGGAGCUACAAUAAACUUUUUAAUACACAAAGGUUAAGAUUUUCACACCAAUGGAUCAGUGGUGUGUAGUUAUUUAUCUGUUGUAUGAUUCUCAGUAAACAAUUUUGAAAUUA